CGCCCCGCGCCUCAACAUUUCAGUCUGUGAUUCAUGCUAAUAUGGGUGAUAGAGUCAGUUUCGGACUCCUGGUGACCAGAACUUACUAAAAUUAUUGCUCUCCUUAGUUCGAAUUGGUGACCGAAGUUGCUUUAAGACACUAUAAACCAAGCACUUGAAACGCCUGUUUGAAGUAGUUCCAUCGGUGGCUCUUCACUUAUCAAAACUAUCACCGCCAAUAUGGUAAAAAGGGAGCAACACGCACUUCCCAUAAGGGAACGCCUCUCGGAACAUGUCUCCCAAGCUUCUCCCUCGGAUAAAGGGGUUCUCCAGGACGUCCAAGUUAGCAUACAUCCCGUACCAGCUCACGAUGGAGUUAUCGUCCGCGUACAGCCACCAGAAAACCCGAGUAACCCUCGGUUCCAUCAUAUUCCAUGUGAUAUCGUACUCGUCAUAGACGUUUCCGGUAGCAUGGAUCUGCCUGCCCCCGCGAAGAUGAACGGUGACGAUGGAAAGCUGAGUUUGGAGAACUUUGGAUUGUCGAUACUUGACUUGGUGAAGCACGCUGCACGCACAAUCCUGAGCACCUUGGAUGAGGGAGACAGGCUCGGAAUCGUAACAUUCAGCAAAGACGCCACGGUAGUCCAGAAAUUGCUAUCAAUGACACCUGACAAUAAGAGACUGAGCGAGUCCAACAUUGAUACGAUGACACCAGAUAGUUUGACUAACCUUUGGCAUGGCCUACAGAGAGGGAUUGGCCUUUUCGAGGGAGAGGAAGACACGGGGCGAGCACCCGCGGUUAUGGUACUAACAGACGGCCUGCCUAAUUACUUAUGUCCUGCCCAAGGGUAUGUCCCAAAGAUACGUAGCAUCUGGAAAGAUCUCCCUGCGACGAUUCAUACGUUUGGCUUUGGCUAUGACAUUAAAUCAGGACUUUUAAAGUCUAUUGCGGAGAUCGGGGGCGGCAACUAUGCUUUCAUCCCCGAUGCUGGCAUGAUAGGAACAGUAUUCGUCCACGCGAUCGCCCAUCUUCAAACGACGUACGCCACGAAAUGUUCGCUUCAAGUAACAAUGCCAGCUAGUAUUCGUCUAAGAACGACGGCUGGUAAAACCAUAGACCAUCAGGCACAAGACGUAGGAGGCCACAGGAAACUUACUGUGCGUCUUGGAAAUUUGCAAUAUGGCCAGUCUAGGGAUAUAUACCUCGAGAACAUCGACAGUCAGGGUCAUAGAGCCAUAUUCGAUCCCGCUACAAGUACUACUAUCAACGCCAUGCUCAGGUUCUCUCAGAUGAGAGCCGUAGAGUUGUGCAGCUUCGGAAUGAAGGAUGUACUAGAAGCCUCUGAUCUUCCCGAGGCCGAAGUCGCCUACCACCGGAGUAGAUCGAUGAUAUGCAACUUUCUUUCCUCCUUCUUCCCUCUUCAAAAUGACGGCGAAUACGAGACUCGCAGGGAGAUUAAUGUGAGGCGCCAAGCGCCAGGUUUCCGGCACCUGCUAGACAACAUACCGGCUAGGCUCUACGAUGACGAGUACAACAGGUCUCUGAUGGAAGAUCUCGUAGGCAGCCUACCGUCUGGCCAGGUAUCUCUGGCUCUGUCAAACGAAAGCUAUUUUCGCCGAUGGGGUUGUCAUUACUUCUUCAGCCUAUGGAACGCACACGCGAAGCAACUAUGCAAUUCGUUUAAGGACCCUGGCCCGUUGAUGUACAACCAGAACCCCUUUUUCGUCAAAUGCCGAGAUAACCUCGAUCGAUCCUUCGAUACCAUUCCCCCACCUAAGCAGUCCUGUCCCAGCGUUGCUACCACCGCUCGUAUUUCUAUGUCGCGGUUGAAUACCCGGAGUGGACCCUGCUUCACUGGUACGAGCAGGGUGACGCUCGCUAACGGCCUACAAUCACUUGUUCGCAAGCUACGGCAGGGCUCAUCUGUACGCACGCCAGUCGGCAGCAGGUCCGUCGCAGCUGUUUUAAAGACGGAGGUUCACGAAGUUUCCAUGUGUAGGGUUGGAGAUCUAGUCAUCACGCCGUGGCACCCAAUCCGACUCGACAAUGAAGGAACAGCUGUUCAAUGGAAUUUCCCAGCCAACCUUGUGCUUGCGUCAGGACAGGCUCAGCUCUUGCUCUACUCAGGGCCCAUCUACUCGAUUCUUCUCGAGCCAGAUGGCAACACUGAAGCCCAUGCCCUUAAAUUCGGCGGUAUCUGGGCGGUUACGCUAGGCCACGGUGUGAUUCGCGGAAGGGAUGCCCGUGCCCACCCAUUCCUUGGAGAUUAUGUGAAGGUCGCAAAGGCUAUCGCAGGGUUGAAACCGGGGAAGGAUGGCGUUGCCCUGUCUAGCGGGGUGAAGAGACGGGAUCGUGAUGGCCUAGUUCACGGGUUCGAGGACUAUGCCCCUAUUCCAUAAUAUGAGUGUAUGAAGCACAAAUAAAUCGUGCCAUGGAUUAGCAUUUUAGCUAUUCUGGAGUCAUAUAUACGUGAAUACUUAAUUAGGUAGUAAGAGUUAGACUUCUGACGACAUUGACCUAGCUUCGCAUGAAAGAUUAGUUUAUAGA